ACCGGAUUGCGUCUGAUGCCACGUGGGUCAGCUCAGCUGCUUCCUCCUCCGCCCUUCUGCGACCGUCCGGCUCGGCCCCACAGCACCCAGCUGGGAGGGGAGCCGGGGACCCCACUGCAGCCCCCCGGGCCGGGGGAGCACCCCAGGAGCGGCCGGAGCAGCAGAGACACUCUGCCAUCGGAAAUGGAGAGGGACUGUUGGAAGAGGCUGUUGUCGUAUACAAAGGCAAGCGUGACUCUGGAUCCAGACACGGCCCAUCCCAUCCUCGUCGUGUCUGAGGAUGGGAAAAGUGUGAGACGAGCAGAGGCGUUGCUGGACCUGCCUGACAUGCCGGAGAGAUUCGACACAUGUCACUGCGUGCUGGGCUCCGAGGGGUUCACCUCGGGGCGACGUUACUGGGAGGUGGAGGUGGGGAAUGGGCAAUACUGGGCUGUGGGAGUGGCCAGAGACUCUGUGAGGAGGAAGGGACGGAUCAGCCCUAGCCCUGAGGAGGGGAUCUGGGCUAUGGGGAUGCACGGGGUUAAGGGUCAUUGUAAAAUAUACCAUUUUUUCUCCUCCCCUGGCACCCAGUUGAUCUCGUGGGAUACCAUAAAGAGGAUAGGGGUUUCUCUAGAUUACGAAGCGGGGCAGGUAGCAUUUUUGGAUGCUGAUUGGAAGUCCCUGUUAUUCUCUUUCCCUCCGGCCUCUUACAAUGGGGAGAGGAUCCACCCUUUCUUCUGGGUGCGGGGAUCCCAGCUCAGACUGUGUUCUUGAGACAAGGGGCUGGGGAGAUGGGGAGUGUCCCCCUGGGAAUGCUAAAAUGGGCUUCUCUAACCCCCAAGAUCCGAACCCCAGUGUCCUUGGAGGACUCCCAUCUCUCCGAGCCCCUGGACCUCCUCCUUUCCCCGGCAAUGUCUCAGCGCGCCCAUAAAGAGCCGGCUGGGGCCUGGGCAGAGAAUCUCCUUGCAGCAGGUGUCCCCCAGCCCAUUUCUCGCUGCGCUGGGUGGCUCUGGAGGACUCUAGCUGGGCUGCCCAGGCUUGGAACCAGCACCCCAGCGGUCAGACCCGUCACGGGGCCCCCCUUAAUUCUUUGGGCCACGGAGCCCCUGGCUGGGUGACUUCUGCGGGGAGUGGAGUUUGGGGGUAGGAGGCUGAGUUUUGUCGGAGGCUGCCGGCGGGGCAGCUGCUGGGUUUCUGUGAUGGGGUUUUCUGAGGAGCUGAAGGGAAUUAGGCACCCAAAUCCCCUUGUAAUUCCCUCCCUGCCGCUCUGUUGGAAAUCCCAGCUGUGCAGUGUAAACUCUUCUCCGAGUUCAGAGCAAUCUGGAUAAAGAUCGCUACUUAAGACAUCCUUGGGUUUUACGUCAUUGGCGGCUGGCUCGUUAAACUCCCGCUCGCUCACGUAACUCUCCUUGCCAAAGCGGGUAGGCUUCAUGGGGCUGGAUGGCCCGGUUUAAUGGAUACCUUUUCAGUGGCAACGGGCCCUUGUGCCUACCUACUACUGCCCUGUGGUAUCUCCAGAGGAAAGAGUGGGCCUGAUCCUUAGUUACACAAACGCCUCUGAUGCCACUCAGGCAGCGCAAAAGCGCCUUUACUACAUUACUAGGUGUGUUACCGUAGCGGGUAGGAGUCCAAGUUACGGACCGGGACCUGGUUUGCUAGCGGCUGAAAGAAAAGAUGUCCCUGCACCUGGCAGCUUCCAGUGCAAGGCAAGCGACCAGAGCUGGAGACAGGCAGACAGACAGAGAGGGAAGGGGAUAUUUCUCAUACCAGAAACCCCCUCCCACGAUGCCUCCCAACAUCCAUAAACCGCCACAGUGCCAGAUGCUCUGCUGCAUCCUCCAUGCUCCUUUACGCUGUUCUCUGCUCCUCAGGGGUAGCCUUGGCUAACUAUAAGUUUGUUUUUUAUAAAUAAUUUUGAAUAGCAACAUUCAUUUUAAGCCAUUUUCUAUUUCGAUCUGUUUAGAUGUUCACCCUUUUGUACAAUUGUGGGUUUCAAGCAUUUUCAGCUUUUCUCUAGGGCAACUUUCACAUGGGAAGGACAGCAAAUAAGAGGGGGUCAGACCAUUGUUAUUUCAUGACAGACGCUGGCAGGCAAAACAAAGUGGAAGCUUUAGACCCUUUGAACACAACUGUACAUUUGUGCUGUUGACAAAGUGAAUCUUUUUAAAAUCAUACUUUUAAGUUCUCAA